GAAGAGCCCACUUCCGGUGUAAUGAACGCUAUAUCCUUUUAUGGUAUGUUUGGUUUUAUAUGCAAGACAGCCGCAGCCCGAGCUUCAAGAGCUACACUUUGAGUCCGCUUUCAAAAUGUCGAAGUCAAUGAAGAAAAUUGUAGAUGAGAGUCGGGACAAGAACCUUCCAGAAGUGGAAUUGUGCGACAGAGGCAUUUCGAACAUGCUAGAUAUUCCAGGACUGUUCACCUUGUCCAACAUCACUCAAUUGGUCCUCAGCCACAACAAGCUCACGGUGGUGCCUGCUAAUAUCUCAGAGCUGAAAAAUCUGGAGGUCCUUAACAUGUUCAACAACCAGAUUGAAGAACUGCCAACUCAAAUUAGCAGUCUUCAGAAGCUGAAGCACCUUAAUCUUGGAAUGAACCGCCUUUGCAACUUGCCAAGAGGCUUUGGUUCUUUGCCAGCGCUUGAAGUUUUGGACCUCACCUACAAUAAUAUGAACCAAAGCUCCCUGCCUGGAAAUUUCUUCUACCUCACAACACUCCGUGCUCUGUAUUUGAGUGACAAUGACUUCGAAGUCCUGCCAGCCGACAUUGGGAAGCUGACAAAGCUGCAAAUAUUGAGCCUUCGGGACAAUGAUCUCAUCUCGUUGCCAAAGGAGAUUGGAGAAUUGGUACAACUUAAGGAGCUUCACAUCCAGGGCAACAGACUGACAGUCCUACCCCCUGAACUUGGUAAUCUGGAUCUGACUGGACCAAAGCAGGUCUUCAAAGCAGAGAACAAUCCUUGGGUCACUCCCAUUGCAGAUCAGUUCCAACUCGGAGUCUCCCAUGUGUUUGAAUAUGUUCGCUCUGAGACCUACAAGUAUCUCUAUGGCAGACACAUGCAGGCCAACCCGGAACCUCCAAAGAAGAACAACGACAAAAGUAAGAAGAUCAGUCGCAAACCACUAUCAGCAAAAAACAAAUGAAAAAAACAGAAAUGUUGAUUUCAAACCAUUUGUAUUAAAUGAAAUGUAUCUCAUAUAUUGUGCCUGCUGUCACAACAUCUCGCCAGGUUACUAUUGCAGCAACACAUCAUCAGUAUGGUAAAACUAACCUGUCUCACAGCGGUCUAAACCCAGCUCUGUUCCCCAUCAGUGGGUGAACAAUCCAACCCUUGGUGAAUUCUGCUUUAUAGGAAGAGCCCACAUUGAAGGAUCAAAAAGCGACAAAACAAAUCAAAGUAAUAAAAUUGCAUAUACGUAGUACAUACAUACUUUUAUUUCUGCUGAGCAUGUAUUUUAUAUAUUUAUACAUAUUCCGAGAAUACAUGUAUAUCAAUGGAUGUGAUCUGUUUCUUUCUCUACUCUUAGCAAAAGAAUAAACACUUUCACUGCCCACUGACCAUU